AUGAAAAAGAUAUAUGAUAAUUAGCAAAUCAACAGAUAACUCUAUUAACAAGGUUACAAAGUUUAAGAUUAGGUUGUUCCAUAAGGAAUAGCCUUUUUUUCAACAACUGGUAAAAGACAUUAUCCAGAUUUUUAAAGAGGAGAAUUAGAGUCUUAUUAAGGAAUGUAACAUCUUUUUGACCCUCCUAAAAGGUAAAUUGUUUUUAAGAUUAAUUUUUAGAUUAGCUUAAGAUUACGAUAGAUCAUUAAAUACAAAGGACAUUGAUGGUGCAGUUACAAAUACACUUCGUAGUAAAGUUGUAAAAAACUUGGAAUUAGCAUAAGCUUAUAAAUAAGAAAAGCAAAAAUCUUUGUGGGAAUAAAAUAGUAAGCGAAGUGAUUUAGAUCCUUAGAGUUAUUAAGCAAGAAAGAAAUGGGAUGAGAAUGAUCCAUAUAAAAAUAGAAGUGCAAUAUAUACAUAUAAUGAUGAUUCUAAAAGAAAACUAGAUGAUUUAAGUGAGAAACAUAUUGAAAGCAUUUAAUAUCCUGAUUCUAUUAAUUACAAACCUAAUCAGCAAUAUAAUGAAUCUCAAAAUUAAAAAUAAUUAUAUGCAUAAUCAUAUGAUGAUCCAAAUUUGAUUGCAGAACGUCAACAUUUGCAAAAUUAACAAUUGCAAAAUUAACAACAAAUCAUCUAAAUAUAAAAUUCACAAUCAUAACCAAAUCUAAUAGUUUAACCUUAAAUUACUUAACCAUCAAAUUAAUCUGACUAAAUACAAUAAUAUUAGUAAGCGCCUCUUUAUCAAUAUUCUUUAGAUGAUGAAAGAUAAAAAUAAUCGUAAAUAUUAAUGCAAAAAUAAUGGGAAUAGUAAAGAAUUGAGAAUCUUUAAAGAUUAUAACAAUAAUAAAAUAAUAAAAUUAUAGAACAAUAAAACCUUAAAAUAUAAUAAGAUUAAGACUAUAAAAUAAUAUAAGAAUAAAGACAAUAAUCAUUAAACUAAAAAUAAUAAUAUGCUAGAGAUUUGAGAUAAUAAUAAGAAAGUAAUAAAGAAGUUAGUUUUAGAAAAGGAUUCACACCUCCUCCUGCUUCAAAAAGUGAAAUCAUUGGAUCUCUUUUAUAGCAUUCUAAAUAAUAAAAAUCUUAAGGUUUUGAUGGUGAUUAAAAUAUUAGAGAUUCAUUAUCCAAAGAAAUUGAAGAAAAUGAAAGAAGAAUGGUUAUCAAUAGAUUUAGACCUCAUGAAUUGCAAUAAUAUAUAUAUGAUAUGAAAAAUGGAAGAAUUGGUGGCAGUAAAACUAGAAAUAAUCCAACUUUUAUGUCUUAUGCAGGACAAUAAUUAGUGAAUCCAUAACAAUGACAAC